AUGGCUAACAAAGUGGUCGGCACGGUGCCAUCAAACAAGGCAUCCAGGAUUGCGUUGCUUAAAACCCAUCAAUCUCAUGUCAUCUCCCAGCCGGACGUCCAGACUGCAAACGCGCGGCCGGUGAAACAGCCGCUCCUGCACGAGGCUUACGCCGCAUCCACGAAGUCACUUCGGGACCUUGAGCUGAUUCCUCUCAGUGAACUCAAGGUAGAAAUCCACCAUCGCGGCCGUGGCAUCAUUGUCCGCACCAUCGCGCCUCCUUACCGAGGCGCCGGCGCGGUCACGGUGGUCGAGGACGAGCAUGGCAAUGUUGACAAACUGGCCAUCUACAACCUCAGCGAGACGUCUCUCCUCUCUAACCCUCCAGAGGGAUGCAUUCUUGCAGUCAAAGAGCCGUACUACAAGCUGAACGGCGAGAACGACUUUAUGAUAUGCGUCGAUCAUCCGUCGGAUGUGCUGCUGCUGAGGUUCAGUGACCCUAUCAUCCCCGAGAUACUGAGGCGGGGCGUUGAAGAGGCAAUGGCGAAGCCACCAGAUGAGUGGAAAGCCGCGGGCGAUGCUGCUUUCAUUCAAAGAGACUUCCCGACUGCAGUGUACUGCUAUUCCGAAGCGUUGGAAGGCAUUGCGGAAGACGACAGCGACGCGAGGGCAGGCGUCCUCGCAAAGCGGACCGGCACGAACCUGAUGCUGGGGCACUACGACGCAGCCAUGGAAGACGCUCUCGCGUCGCGCACCGGCGCAGAUUCCGACUGGAAGUCCUACUUCACAGCCGCCAAGGCCGCAUACGGCCUCUGCGAGUACCAGUCAUGCAAGUCGUUCCUCGAGUCCGCGCUCGAGAAGAGCCCCAAAGCGCCAAACGUGCAGAAAGAAUACGAGCGUUGCCUUGCGCGUCUGAGGGAGGAGAAGGAAGGAGUCUACGGCUUUCGUUCCAUGAUCGCCGGGGUCACAAGGCAGAAUGUGCAUGUGGAUGCCGCGAGCUUCCUGAGAAACACCAAGAUUCUAGAAUCGCCGCUCCAUGGCCGAGGCAUCUUUGCGGCCCGGGACAUCCGAGCCGGCGAACUGGUGUUUUGCGAAAAGGCUGCGCUGAUGCCGAAUCAGUACGAGCCCGCACGGGCGUCGGCCGCGCUCUAUGCGAUGAUGGUGCGGCAACUCUAUGACAAUCCCUCGCUGGCCAAAACGAUCCUUCCCCUCUACGGAGGCGACUACCCACGGACUGGACUAGAGGGUACCAUUGUCGACGGGGUACCGGUCGUCGACGUGUUUCUCCUCGAGAGCAUCCGUCUUCGCAACUGCUUCAGCAGCCCUCUCUCGACCUUUGAGAACACCAAGCCGGGGUCACAUGACGACGGGAAGAUGGCAAAGGGCGUGUGGGUGCACGCAUCGCACAUGAACCACAACUGCGUGCCCAAUACGAUGCGGUCGUUCGUCGGCGACAUGUUCAUCAGCCGGGCGGUGCGCGACAUCUCUGCCGGCGAGGAGAUGUUCCAGCAGUACGUCCCCAUCAGGUCAGACUUGGCGGCGAGGCAGGCCCAAUUCAAGACCAACUGGGGGUUCGAGUGCGCAUGCCCGUUGUGCUCCGGUGAAGCCAAGUCCGACAUGGCGAAGCACAAGCGCCGGCAGCAGAUUCUCGCCAAGGUGGAAAAGCUCGGCAAUAAGCACAAGGAGCCGGCCAAGUUCGUGCCAGAGUCUGCGAUCCGGACCGUCGACAGGCUGGCGAGGCAGUUGGAAGAGCUGCACGAGGAGGACAUCUACCGGGACUUGCCGCGCCUGACCCUGAUCUACCCCACGAUGUGGCUGCUCGAGGCCCACCGCGGCCGGAAGAACCACAUCAAGGUGGUGGCGUACGCGAAGAAGGUCCUGCGAAACUUUGGCUUCAUGGUGGAACGCGUCGACAGCAUCGAGGACAUCUUCCACGGCAGCGCCAGCCCCAACUCGCUCAUGACCAUCCACAUGGUCAGCGCGCUUAAGAACGCGUCAGAGUCGUACCGGGUCCUGGGCGAGAUGGAGCUGGCGGACAAGUUUGACGAGGCCGCCAAGUUUGGCUACAUGUUCGUGACGGGCUUUGAGAACGAUCUGAGCGCAAUCAACAUUCCCUGA